AUGGCUCCUGGACUCCGCUUCUCUUGCUGGUGGUUAUUUGUCUGCUGGUUGGUGGCAACUGUGGCAGAAGGACAAGAAGUAGUCACCCCUCCUGGAAGCUCACAAAAUAAUGCAAACCCUACGGACUGCCAGAUCUUUACACUCACACCUCCGCCCACCACAAGGAAGCCAGUAACAAGAGUCCAGCAUAUCACAAGGGCACCCACAUAUACCUUUCAUGUUUUUCCACGAAGACGUCUCCAGGUAGGAAGCUCAUCUGAGGAAAGCAGAGAGAAAAGAGAAGUUCGAGCAUACUGA